AUGCGCCCCAGCCAACUGGAUCGACUGGACACUCGCCGUCGCUGCGUCCUCGACGUAAAUCCAAACCCUCUACAUCACACGAGAAUUAUUAAUGAGGAUCCCAGAUUCUUUAUUCUUGGACUGUACGAAAACAAUCCAGUUGGCCUCGCUCCCUGGUUAUUCGUUCUCGAUCGCCGUCUCGAUGCAACCUUAUUUGCAGCCGCCAUUCCGUCCGCAAUAGGCGCGCUGUUGUGUCUAACAUCUCUUCAUUACGCAGCGCAUAAAGUACUUCACCUAUGGAAGACAGAGAGGCUUGAAUGGCAAGAUCAACACUCGGGGGCCACCUGGGAAGCUAACUUUGUUGAUUGCUUCGAGCGGUAUAUUUCUUCCUUCCUUCCUUUCAUCCUCGGACUAUAUUCCUUCCUCGUGUUUACUAUCAUGCGCCGUAAAUUGACCCGAAGACUACAAACAUUGUGGCAUCACCUCACCAACCCCCCAAGAGAAGCUCAGUCGAUCCCCUUGAUUGGCAAUGCGAAUAUCGAGUGUGGUGAUCAACAGACGGCAAGACCUGUGCCAUCUACAGAAUCGGCGAGCUACUCCGGGAAACGAGGGAAAAGUGUCACGAGGCGUAUGACAUUCAUUCUCCAGGAAAUUUCUAUUUUCCUCCUUCUCCUCACCCUUGCUUUAUCGUGGCUGUUUUUCGGCUUGGGCGUGUGGUGGAUUGUGACGAUGCACACCUUUCACGAACCUUGGCACCUUCAUGACCUCCUGACUUGGGCAGGGGGCUCCGUGGCCAUGGUAGUUUUUUCAUUUGUUCCCCCGUUUCACAUUUUAUCCAUGCUCUAUAGCACUUCCAUAGCAAGUUCUUAUGCUGAAUUUCUAGCAUCCUGA